GAAUCUUUGCUCGAUGUCCAUUCUUGAAAAAAAAUCUUCAAUUUUUCGGCUAGUGAAGUGGGCUCCGUUGUCUGAUAUUAGAACUCUGGGCACCCCAUAUCUACAACAGAUGUUUUUCCAGAUGAACUUUUCGAUGGUGGUCUCUUCCACCCUUGUUACAGCCUCUGCUUCCCAACCCUUCUCCAACUUUCCUCCAUUUAUGCAGUCUGCAUCUCCUCCUAAGUUCUACCAUCACUUUUCUGAUGGAACCUGAAAGAGGAAAAGAUACUAGACGGCGGCGCGAACUCAGCCGGCAACACAAAUCCAGGCGGCAGAGGCGUCACCGGUGAGCAACGGUGGCACGAGCGCAUUGACAUCGAACCCGAACCCGACCCGACCGCAUUGAAACCGCUAAAACCAAUCAUAGUAUUUUUUUUUUCAAAGCAAACUCUUUGCUCUCUUCUUCUUCGACACAACUUGUCGGACGAACCCUAAUUUCUGCGUUGAGAUGAGAUACUUCAAUCUCAUUCGUUCUUCACCUGUCAGAAAGAGAAAGCUAAAGCGUAGGAACAAUGGCGCGCCAGACAAAUACUCAAUGAUGCAAAAAAAUCUUCGAUGUGUAAAUACGACAAAUUUUGCAGGAGCACAGUCACGUUUAUCUGGCCCCUUGGAUUAUAUUUCUGAAGAAGAGGAUCAUGAAGAGAUCUAUUCUACUAGUCAGUGGGUGUUGAUGAUGAGAGCCAAAAUUGAUACAAGGGAUUGUAUACAAAUAGCUUCUUCAUUCAAAUUACCAACCAAGGAGGAGUUCGAAGAGGAAAAGAGUAAGCGCAUGCCUCGUUCCAAGCUCUGGGAAAGGAUCCACGAUAUUUUUAGGGUACUAUCCGUUUUUGAGCUUUUGAAGGAAGAGAAACCGACAUACAAGGAUUAUGUUAAUCAGCUCGUGAUGGAUCUCAUCACAUAUUCGCGGUACAAUAAGUUUAUGAUUGAAGCUGUAAUGGAGGCUGAAGAGGAGAAAAAACGGGCUGAGUUAAGAUGCGAGUUUGGGCUGUUGGGCCGAAAAUUUAAAUGUUAGUAAUUUUUGGCUACUGAGAGUGCAGAACUUAUGACCGUUGGGUGGACACUUGGGCUGAAGUAAAGGGAAGGGGGACACUAGGGUUUGAGAGACGCCUCUCGGCCGCCUUCUCCCUUCCCCUCUUUUUUGCUGGCCACCGAGGAUUUCAUUUGGAGAAGGCGAAUUGACGGUGCAUAUUGACGAGUGAAAAGCGGGCGGGUGGGAAAUGAGGCAGACGCUUGUUGGGGGAACAGAAGGGUCGGAGACGGAGGAUAUGAGAGGAGGAUGUAGAUUGCUGAUGGAUUUGGGGCGUCCAUGGUUGAGCCGUGGGUGUUUUUUGAAGAUUGAAGGAACAAAGCAAGCCGGAUCGAUUAACAGGAAGAUAAAUCCACUACUCCUGUCCGGACGGCCAACUUUCCGGCUGUCGGGAAUUCCGGAAGCUUCCACUCAUGGCAAUGGUUUCUUACAGUGGUUGAAUAUGAAAUGGGAAAAACAUUGUUUAAGUGGUUGAAUAUGAAAUGGGAAAAACAUUGUUUAAGUGUCUGAGUUUAGAUGCCUUUUUUUUUUAAUACUUUUCUGGUGAUAAGAAGAUUCAUCACUGGAAAUAAAAGCAAGGAAUUUGAUUCUGCUGAAAAAUGGACUUCACAAUUACAGUUUAUGUAGGAGGUGGAGAAGUUGCAUUCACAGGUGCACAAUAGAAAGAACUGGAGAGACAAGCUAUGAUAUGCACAUGCAUGAUUUCCUGUGUUCCUGUGCCGCCUCAUCUUCUCUUUCCCCUAAAUUGUUUCAGGCGGUAUUAGAUACAGCAGAAAAGGAGAUCCGAAGCCCGGGUGGUGCAAGAGGACAGACGGGAAGAAAUGGCGGUUUCAUUUGGAGAAGGCGAAGGAGGCGGCGCCGCCUUGUCAGCAUUGACGGUGCAUAUUGACGGGUGAAAAGCGGGCGGGUGGAAAUGAGGCAGACGCUUGUUGGGAGAACAGAAGGGGCGGAGGCGGAGGAUAUGGAAGGAGGAGGAUGCAGAUUGCUGAUGGAUUUGGGCGUCCAUGGUUGAUCCGUGGGUGGCUUCCCAGCGAGAAACUGCUGGUCAGACUUUAGAUCUCAUCAAGGUAAAUUUUUGUGCAUGCUUGUGUUUAAGUACCUUAUAAUUAUCUGCAGAAGAUGAUAGACUAUCUAGUAUUCUGUCUGAGUAGCAUGUGAUCAUUCCUGCAGUGCUUGAUGUAGUUUAAUAUCAGUCCUGGUGAUCCAAUGGAACUUUCACCUCUAUUUUCUGAUGAUAGCCGGAUAGAAAUUGAGUAAGAUGUCAUUGGCACUUUGAACAAUUUAAUAAAUGUAAUUUCUGGGCACUUCUAUCCAAUUUAUGAUUCUUCAUUUUCUUUUAACUUUUAGUAUCUGUGCACAGAACUAUAUACGAUGUUGCACUCUAAAACGUAGCUCUAAUUCUUGAUAUGACAAGUUAAUUUCAAUUUGGUAAAGCCAUCUAUAUUUUUGUUCUUUCA